UUUCUGAGAGCAGUAUGUCUCUGGAUGCUGUGUGGGCUCCACAGACAGCAAACAUCGGGGACGGGCCUGCCAAGAAAGCUAGUGACCAGACCUCCAUGCAGACACAGGUCCUCCAGACUGCCUCCCUAAGAGAUGGCCCAGCAAAGAGGGCAGUAUGGGUCCGUCGGGACAAUGCUGAGAAAGAAGAGCCUGUCAAGUCAGCUGUGUCCAAGGAUAGGCCAAGGCUAGAGGUGACCAAAGCAGUGGUUGUGGACCUAGGUACUGGCUUCUGUAAAUGUGGCUUUGCUGGCCUGCCAAAGCCCACUCAUAAGAUCUCAACAACAGUGGGCAAGCCCUACAUGGAGACAGCCAAGACUGGGGAUAAUCGCAAAGAGACCUUUGUGGGGCGUGAGCUCUUUAACCCAGAUAUACAUCUCAAACUGGUCAACCCCCUGCGUCAUGGCAUCAUUGUGGACUGGGACACAGUACAGGACAUCUGGGAAUACCUCUUCCGACAGGAGAUGAAGAUCGCCCCAGAGGAACAUGCGGUCCUGGUUUCAGACCCACCACUGAGUCCUCAUACCAACAGAGAGAAGUACGCCGAGAUGCUUUUUGAGACCUUUAACACGCCUGCAAUGCACAUCGCCUACCAGUCCCGCCUGUCCAUGUACUCCUACGGACGCACCUCUGGCCUGGUGGUGGAGGUCGGACAUGGUGUGUCCUAUGUGGUCCCCAUCUAUGAGGGUUAUCCUUUGCCCAGCAUCACAGGGAGGCUAGACUAUGCAGGAUCUGACCUAACGAACUACCUGAUGAACCUGAUGAACAACUGUGGAAAACACUUCUCUGAGGACCACAUUAGUAUUGUGGAAGACAUCAAGACGAAAUGCUGCUUUGUGGCCCUGGACCCCAUUGAAGAGAAGAAAAUCCCUCCCAGUGAACACGAGAUCCAUUAUACUCUGCCUGAUGGGAAAGAGAUCCGUCUGGGUCAAGAGAGGUUCCUCUGCUCAGAGAUGUUCUUCAAGCCAUCUCUAAUCAAGUCCAUGCAGCUGGGCCUCCACACCCAAACCGUGUCCUGCCUUAACAAGUGUGACAUUGCACUCAAACGAGACCUCAUGGGGAACAUCCUGCUCUGUGGGGGCAGCACUAUGCUCAGGGGUUUCCCCAACCGUCUGCAGAAGGAACUGAGCAGCAUGUGUCCCAACGACACCCCACAGGUAAAUGUGCUGCCCGAGAGAGACACCGCAGUCUGGACUGGUGGUUCUAUCCUGGCCUCGCUCCAGGGUUUUCAACCACUGUGGGUCCAUCGCCUUGAGUACGAGGAACAUGGGCCUUUCUUCCUCUACAGAAGGUGCUUCUGAACAGGCGCAACACGUACGCUGUGGUGACCAUGUGCCAGCUUUACCGUCUGAGGGCUGAACCUUUUACACGUGGCGUCAAGCUGGCAUGUUCAUUUCUGUAGCAUUAAAAACCCCUUGUGUCUGUCCCCUUCCCUUCA